AUGCCCGAGGACACCACCCUCGUGGUGAUAUCCACGUCCGUCGUCGCCCUGCUCACCGGCUUCCUAUUGGGGAUCUACAGCAUUCAGGGCUACAUCAUUACCCCUGAGUUCGCAAAGCAGUCGCGCGCCAACUACGAGGACCCCGUCGACAGCGACGAGACCGACAUCGACGAGGACGAAACCCACCUGGACCACGCCCCCAACUGGGCUAACGGCAAGGAGGCAGACAAGAGGCAAGGGCUGCGUUACACCGAGAAGCACAAGUCCAAGACAGACAGCAAGAAAUCGAAAGCAGACUUUGUGCCGUCGGUCGAGGACACCGGGGAGGAGUGCAAGCUCAUCCUGGUCGUCAGGACAGACCUGGGCAUGACAAAGGGCAAGAUCGCAGCGCAGUGCGGCCACGCGACCCUCGCGUGCUUCAAGUCCAUCUCCAAGGCGGCGCGCGCCUCCGGGCCCAGCAGCCCCGCGGCGAGGCUCCUGCAGCGCUGGGAGCGAUACGGCCAGGCCAAGGUCGCCCUACAGACCAAGAGCGCCGACGAGAUGCACGAGCUCAUGGCCAAGGCGCGCUCGCUGGGCAUCACCGCCGAGGUCAUCGCCGACGCCGGCCGCACCCAGAUCGACCCGGGCAGCCUGACCGUCCUCGGCGUCGGGCCCGCGCCCAAGAGCGCCGUGGACCAGGUCACGGGCCACCUGAAGCUGCUGUAG